GCGCAUGCGCCUUGAGGCUUAACAAUAUGUCUGCGCCCAUGAAAACUUGGCGGUAGAGGAGAGCAUUCAAAAAAUACUUCGUGCUUUUACCUAUUAGUACGUAAACACAACCAUUUAAGAUGAAUGAGGAUAAAAUGAUUAAGCUGCAGCAACAAAUGAGGGAAAAUCAGCUGGAAUUUUCCGAUUUUCUCAAAGAUUUAGACACCUGGGAAGCGGACAUAAAAAAGAAAGAGGAGCAACUGAAGAGUGCACCUGUUGAAGAACAGAAACUUCCUCCAGUCAGGAACAGUCUAGAGGUAAAAAAGAAAAAGCGAAGAAAGAAGAAAAAAGCUGACACCGAGACCAAAACAGGAGAAGAUAAGAAAAGUGGCAGAAUAAGUGGCUAUGAUUUCAGAGCCUGGGAUAAAUUUGAUGUUGAUAAAGCCUUGGAGGAGAUAGAUUCACGUCCCGAUAAAUCUUCAUCUUCUUCUGAAUAUGAAACAGAUGAGGAGUGGGAGAUGGAACGCAAGAGAAAAAUGGCUGUUUUGGAGAAAGAAAAGGGAAAUCAACUGUUCAAAGAAGGAAAAUAUGAGGAGGCUGUCCAGUGCUAUACAAUGGGAAUGAAUGCUGACCCCGAGAAUGCUGUUCUGCCUGCUAAUAGAGCCAUGGCAUUGCUCAAGUUGGAAAAAUAUGCCGCAGCAGAAGUGGACUGCACCUCAUCACUUUCUUUAGACCCCACCUAUAUCAAGGCUUUUCAUAGGAGGGGUACAGCCAGGACGGCACUCGGAAAACUCCAAGAUGCCAAGCAUGACUUCCAGCAAGUGUUGAAGUUAGAACCUAACAACAAGCAAGCUUCUUCAGAAUUAAAUAAGAUAGAGGAGAUUUUAAAUCCCAAACCCUCCCCUUCCAUAUCUGCUGCCACGCCAGGUACUGUGAAACCUGUAUACAAGCCACCAGGUCAGAGGUCAAAGAAACCCCUCAAGAGGAUUGAAAUUGAAGAGAUAGGUGCAGACGAAGAAGCUCGAAAGAUUGAAGCAUCAAUUGCAAGUAUACAGGCAACCCAAAGUGAAGGAAAAAGGAAAGUUUUGGAAGGAGAUGCUAAAUUGUUUGAAAAAUUCACAUCUGCCACCAGGCUUGAAGAAGAAAAGUCAUCAGUAUUAUCUCAUAAUGGUUCAUUAAAAUCGAAUGAUUUGAAAGAUACUGAACACAGGCACAACUUGAGUAAAUCUCCAACUGAGCUGAGUCCUAGAAAGGAAACGAGACAAAGUCCCAGACAAAAUAAAAACAUUACUCAAAGCAGCAGUACACCAAGUACAGUGGAUGGGAAAUUGACAUCCUUUCAGUUUCAAGCUGAAUGGAAAAGACUUAAAAAUGAUAAUGCAGCUUUCUUUGAUUAUAUUAAGCAAGUUGAUCCGGCUAAGUAUCCACAGCUGUUUGGGCAGUCACUGGAGGCAGAUAUGUUGAUGAAAAUGCUGACAGUUUUUGCAGAAUUCUUCAAUAAAGAAUUGAAUCUUUUCCAUCACCUUAAAGGCCUUAGUGAAGUAAAGAGAUUUGAUAUGGCAACAAUGUUUAUGUCACCCAAAGAAAAGAAAGUUACUGCUGAAUUAUUUGAGUAUAUGAAAUCCCAGGGAACUGCAAGUAAAGAAGAGAUUGAAAAGCUAGCCAAAAAGUAUCAUCUAUGACAGAAGAACCCCAGAUCUAAAGUAGUUGGGAGUUGACGCAACUAGCAAGUGAUUGUGACAGUUGAGAAAUUGAAGGCAAUUUUGUCUGUUGAGACUGUGCUGUUUGUCCAGUGAAGCAGUAACUUUUACCCUGCAGUAAAAGAAUGACUAUAUACUGUCACUUCAUUACAUCAGCAUCUCCAAACCUUUUUUUUCACCUCUGCCACAGGAGUAGGUUACUUUUUUCAUCAAGAUAUCUCAAAAAGGUCAAUGCAAAUGAAGGUGAAAUUUGCAGAAUAGACCGAGAUGAAGCAGUUUUGACUGAAUCCAGUUCUAAUAUCUGUUCAUAAGUGCCCUUUCUCUUGGAGGAACUCUGGGCCUUUUUUUUUUAAUGAUGUUAUCAGUAACCAAUGGUGCCCUGGAAUCUACUGCGCCAGAAGUCAAUAUGAUGCUCAUGAUUUGAAUGAGUCUUUAUUAACAAAAUGUGUCAAGAUCCAGUUCAACUGGUUAUGCUUUUGACAGCUUUAAUCGUAUGGUAUUGUAAUACUGAUUCACACUGGACCUGUACUCCAGUUACUUUAUACCCAUUUUUACUGUGAUUCAAAUGAUAACACGUAUAUCCCAUCUGCAUAAUUUUUUUUCACUUUAUGGAAUACAUUGUAGAUUAGAAUUAUUGUGUAAGAUAGAGAUGGGAGUCAUAGGAUUAAUUUUUACACAAUAUGGUAAAAUUUGUAUGUGAAUGCAGGUCAAAGAGCACCAUGGUGUUGUGAUAAGUGUUGUAUUUUUUAAAAUAAAACUAUGAAAAUGCUACAAAAAUAUGGAUAUAAAAGAUAUAAAAAUGAAAAAUAUUAUUCAAUUUUUUAAUCAGAUGUAUUUUUAAUACAUAACAGCAGCAUUUUUGCAAGCGCUAGUGGUUACAACAGUACACAAACCAAUACCCUAACAACAGCAUUUCCUCAUUCCAAGAUGAUGUAUCUGUCGAAAACAGGUUGCAAUUGAAAUAAGUAUUGCAUAAUGAAAUAAUGUGCUAAAAGGUGCUUCUCCAUGUUGAAAGCGAACUUACAUAUUCAAAUGUGUGCUUUUUGAUACCCCUGAGUGAGCAAAAUGUGACAGCGUUAAGUUAUAGCAUAAUGCACUGACGCAUUCAUUUUGCUCUCAUACGUCAAUUUUAACACUGCCCCAACGUCAAUUAAGAAACCAAAUUACAUAUUAUAUUAUAACUUAAAAUGAAAUUAUUUCACGAUCAUCAUGGUCGUCUUUCAAAAGACUCAGAAAAGUCUUUACCAAAGUGUGCCUACAGUUUGUACAGAGCGCCAU